GGAAAGAUUUUGGAGAAUCUACAUAUCUGCAGUCAAGUCCAGUUCGUCCGGUACUGGCGGAAUGGACGAAAGCAAGGACCAGACGCCAAACUUUUCAUAAAGGACAUGAAGUUUAAACAUGUACUCGUCCGGAUUUACCAGCCCAAAGCUCCCUCUGCUGGCCGAAGGAAAGGCAUCGUUUUCUUUCAUGGAGGCGGAUGGAUGUUUGGAAGCAUCAGAUCCUAUGAGAAGAUGUGCCGUUAUAUCUCCAAAGAAAGCGAAUCGGUGGUGGUGUCUGUGGAGUACCGCCUGUGUCCCGAACACAAGUAUCCGGCUCCGCUGAACGACUGUCUCGCUGCCACCACCCACUUCCUUCAAACCGCCGACGACUAUGGUGUGGACAGCACCCGUGUCAUUGUUGCAGGCGAUAGUGCCGGGGCCAGCCUGGCCUCUGUCGUGUGCCAAACCUUAGUGGGUCGACAGGGCCUUGCGAAGGUGUGUGCCCAGAUCCUCAUUUAUCCCGGUCUUCAAGCCAUAGACUUCCACUUACCUUCGUAUCAGCAAAACCAGGCUGUACCCAUUUUAUACCGGGAAAAGGCUGCAUUCUUCUUCCUACAUUACCUGAAUGGAGACACCUCCUUACUGGAAGAGCUCUUGCAAGGGUGUCAUAUCCCUGCGGAUCUGAAACUGCGCUACAGGAAGUGGCUAAGUGCAGACAACAUCCCGAAGGAAUUCAAGGCCAGAGGUUACAAGCCUCCGGUGCCCGUCGCUUGUGACGACGAGGUGUACGAAGAACUUAAGAAUGUGUUCGUGCCAGAAAUUUCACCGCUGAUCGCCGAAGACUCUGUGGUUCGAAAGCUCCCCCAGACGUGUAUCGUCACCUGCGAAUAUGACAUUUUGCGGGACGACGGGUUACUGUACAAGAAAAGAUUAGAGGACAAUGGGGUCCCCGUGACUUGGUAUCACAUUAUUAACGGAUUCCAUGGAAUCGUAAACUUCUUCGAUAAUGGCUGGUUUACUUUUCCAUCUGGGAAGCAAGGGCUGGAUAACGUUGUCAGGUUUAUCCAAAGCUUGUAGAAACUAUCUCGCUGCACUUCAAGGACGGGAUAUUCCAUCAAUCUGUUUCAGGAGGGUAGCCACGUUGCUCUGCAGUACAAGAGCUAGAUUCAAGUUCAAGAGCGCCUUCCUUGGUGACCAACAAGAUCUUUGGGGGUAUAAGUUUUCAGGAGUCAAAGUUCCCCUUGUCAACUCUGACCCAGGGAGCUUUGCCUCUUAAAAGCUUUUACCCAGGGCUUUUUUCGUAGAAAAAGCCCAGCAG